AUGAAAACCAAAGCCGGUACUGAAGACGUUGUGGAGGUGCAACGUAGCGAGAAGCUAAAGAGGCGAGCGGCAGCAAAAGGGAGGACGGUUGCUGAAUCGGCUAUGAUCAGAGCCUUCAACGCUCAGUUUGCCGAGUAUAGCUCUGAGCUCAAAAAGGCUCGUGCACUCCAGGAGAAAGAGAGUGAUACUGGUGUUCGUCUCCGAGACAAGUACUGGCCAGUUUCUGCAUUCGAUGUAGCCAUCAAUAUUUUAAAUGAAGAGGCAAUUCUUGAUUUUUGUAGGAAAGAGGAAGUGAAAAGUGGGUUAUACAAGUUUGUGGAAGGAUUAAUUGAACGUAAGAUGGUGAGUUUUGCUUUACGUGAAGCCUCUAAUCUUCGGGCUGUUCUUAAAGAAAUGGCAAGUUUUGAAGUUCCGGUUUCGUCUAAGGAUGGGAAUUACGGUAUCAAUGAGAAGAGGAAUUGUAUUGGAUCUAAGGAUGAAAACUGUGGUGCUGGUGAGAAAGGGAAAGAUAUUGGAUCGGUGCUUGGUCAUGGUGGAGAAACAUCGUCUAAGAGGAUGAAGCGUCUUACUAAUUAA